GAGGUGGGUCGGGGGUCUUCGGUUUGGGGCUGGGGAUUAAAAGGACUGCGUGUGAACGCCCCCCUCCCGCCUACGAUCGCAAUUCUCGACACGCGUCUAUUGAAUGGGCGUAAGUGGAAAUACAAAGUGGGCGUGUGCAACAACCAAAGGCAGAGGUUCACACUCAGCCCUCUUCUCACAUCCCCACUAUGGAGAAGUAUCAUGUGUUGGAAAUGAUUGGAGAAGGUUCUUUUGGAAGAGUGUACAAGGGUCGUCGUAAAUACAGUGCACUGAUUGUGGCCUUGAAGUUUAUCCCCAAAGUGGGUCGUUCACAGAAAGAGCUGAAAAAUUUGCAACGAGAGAUUGAGAUCAUGAGGGGGCUUCAUCAUCCCAAUAUUGUCCAGAUGCUUGACAGUUUUGAGACUGAUAAAGAGGUGGUGGUAGUGACAGACUAUGCUGAAGGGGAACUCUUUCAGAUCCUUCAGGAUGAUGGAAACUUGCCUGAGGAGCAGGUUCAAGUUAUUGCCUCUCAGUUGGUGUCAGCACUUUAUUACUUGCACUCACACCGCAUCCUUCACCGUGACAUGAAACCCCAGAAUAUCUUGUUGGGCAAAGGGGGCGUAGUCAAGCUCUGUGACUUUGGGUUUGCCCGUGCAAUGAGUAUUAACACUAUGGUGCUGACAUCAAUCAAAGGAACUCCACUGUAUAUGUCUCCUGAGCUGGUAGAAGAGAAGCCCUAUGACCACACUGCUGAUCUUUGGUCAGUAGGAUGUAUUCUGUAUGAAUUGUAUGUGGGGACUCCACCUUUCUACACUAACAGCAUCUUCCAGUUAGUUAGCCUGAUCAUCAAAGAUCCAAUCAAGUGGCCAAAAGACAUGAGUCCUCACUUCAAGAGCUUCUUGCAAGGCCUCCUGACGAAGGACCCUCGUCAGCGCUUGUCAUGGCCAGAGCUACUGUAUCAUCCCUUCAUUGCUGGGCGGGUCACUGUGAUUGAGGAUGGAGCCAAUCAGGGCAUAGCCAACCCAUUCACCAGUAAGCUGCCUCCUGAUUUGCAGGCCCUGAAAGAGCAGCAGGCACACUCACUUGCCCCUCACAGUGGUCAGUCCAAAAUCUUAAGGCAAGCACGGCAGAAGAUGGCACAGGCGGCUCAGAGGAAGGGGAAAUCCAAGGCUCCACUUAAGGAGGAAACAAAAAAGAGAGGCCAAGAAAACCUAAGUAAAGAUCAACUUGCUCAGAAAGAUCCCAGUGAAAGGAAUGGGGCACAUCUGGGAAGCAGAGAACAAAGAGUCCCUGUACUAGGAGAGAAUGAAACGGAGUGGGAGCAAAAAGAACCAUCCCCCACCCCUCGAGAGAACAGGAUUACGCAUGAUUAUGAAAAGGACUUUCCAGAGGUGCGACGAGAAAGUGGCAGAGCAGAGGCCCGAGGCAGACCGAGCCUUGAUUCUGUUGAUCUAGAGAUUGAAGAAGUGGAUAGUGAUGAGGAGUGGCAGCACCUGAUACGGGCCACCAGUCCUGCACACGGACAGCUAUGCGCCCCACGAAGUCUCAUGAGAGACCCUGCCUUUGUGCAGCGCAUCCAUGCUCGGCUCAAAGAUUCUGGGCAGCAGGUCUUAGAGGGAAUGCUUGAGGGGGCAUCUCGUCUUCGCCCUGCCCUUCAUGUCAUUGGCAACUUGUUAAAUACCCACUGCGACUCAGAGCUGCUGUACACUUUUUGCAGUGACAUAGGACUAUCCAGUUUUCUGAUGCAGCUGGUGGGGAGCAUUCUGGAAAGUACCAACAUCAAGCAACAGCCAUGGCACACCACACUGCUGGCAGACCUGAUUGCAGUGACAUCAGCCUUUUUUGCUAGUGAUUUCAACCAAGAGGAGGAUGGAAAGAAGCAAAGCUUGCAGACGUUCCAGAGCACGGCCAGUCGCUUCCUAGCCUUGUUGCCUGCACUGCUUGCCCAGCCCUCAGAUGUGGAGAACAGGCUGCGAGAACAAAGCCUGAUGUGUUUCACUCAUUUGUGUGAGAGCAUGGACAAUGUCUGCUCUUCUGUGUCCAUCCCCUUUUACUCCAGCUUGUGUGUCGAUCAUUGCCCUCUGCUGGAUGCAUUCUGCCUUGGUGCCAGCUGUGAUCAGCCAGCUCAGGAAGUACUCCAGAAAGAAGCACGAUCAGCACAGGAGUGGAGUGAACGUUUGGUAUCUGCCUUUACAGCAGCCCUAGCUGCCGCCUGUGCCAUCCCAAGAGGGCAUUCCACUUGUCACAAGACAAAAAAGCAGAUCUCCCAGCGAGUAGCUGAGAAGCUCACUGAGAAGGAUAAUCAGCUCCUGAUGGGUUUUCUCUUAAGAAUUGAGCAUCCAGCCUCUUUUCUGAAUGGGUUCAAGGUCCUGUAUGCCUGUUGCCAUGUCAGUCAGACCCUGUGCCGUUGCUUAGCAGCACCAGAAGUGUUCCGUUCCCUGAUCUGUCAUUUACAGGGCAAGGUUCCGCUAGCUGCAGUGGCACAAGUGCAGGCUACCGAGGCCACAUUGAGACUCCUCUCCCUGCUGCUGCUCCAGCUCCAACUUCUCCCACCACAAUCUGACAUUGUGCUGAAAGAGACUCUGGAGCUUUUUAAUACUGCAACAACUGCCUCUGUUCUAAGUGCUGCAGGACUGCUUCUGGCAUACUUCAUCCAGUACGGCGCUGCUGUGGAACUCAGGCGGGAGGAAGCCUUGGCAACCAUAGGCACUGCAUUCACAGAGCCUGCAGAGCUCUGCCUUCUACCCCCUCGGGGAGCUGGCUUCUACGAUGGCCUCCUGCUGUUGCUGCUGCAGCUGCUAAGUCAGGGAGAUGCAGCAGUGGUGCGAGACUUUGCUGCCUCAGAAACCUGGAGCAUUGUGUGGCAUCGAUUUGCCAUGGUGCUCCACUUGACCCGUCAAGGACCGGUGAUGGAAGGCGAGACCCCAAGAGUUGGCCAGCAUGCAUCAAAACCAGACUGGAAUCUCAUCUCACCACAAGGAACCCUGCUGUUCCUCAGUUUAGCCCUUUUUGUCUUCACCCGAGAACCGCACCAGUGCAUUCUUCAGCUAGCCCAACCCAAUGGAGUUGUCAUGGCUACCUUGAACAAGCUGCUGGAACCUGACUUCCUGGAGUACUUGGCCCAGACGCAGUUGCAAGAGGAUGGUGAUCGGGACCUGGUGCCAGCUGUUGUGCUCCAAGUCUGCCAGCUGUUCUGCUUCCCCUUUGGUCUGGAGGUGAAUCCUGAAACUUUAGAAAUGAUCGUGACAAGCCUGAAGGAUUCUGAGAUCGCAGCCCAGUUACUCCAGGUCUGUGUUCACCAUCUUCCCUUGUCAGAGACUGAGUUGCCACUGAGUCUGUUGUGCCGCUUGGUGCUGAGCCAUGAAGACAUCAUUGAGCAGGUGGUGGGAGUGGCUAACUCAGAGCGUGCCACUGCUUUCCUGUCAACCAUUUUGCUAUCAGGCGAGGUUGCCCUUACUGCAGAUCUGCUCUCUCUUCUCACCCACAUAGCCCGGGUUAGUCCAGCUCACCUGCCUUUCCUGGAGAAGCUCCUGUGCAGCCCAUCUUCAACCUCCCACCCACUGAGGCUGAGCCGCUUGCUGUGUCACCAAGAUUGCUUGGUCCGUGCCAGAGCCUGCAGCCUGAUAGGUAACCUGCUGCGCCAUGGGCAGGAGGUUCCUCAGGUGUUGGAAGGGCAGGCUGGACUGCUGGAAUGCCUGCUGGAGCGUCUUGCAGAUGAUGAUGGACAUGUUCGCUGCUCAGCCAGUUUUGCUGUUGGCAAUGCAGCCUACCAGGCUGGCCCUUUUAUGCAGACCCUUGGCAAAGCUGUGCCCUGGGUGGUUCAUCUCCUGGGAGAUCCUCAGGCCAAGACUCGUUGCAAUGCAGCUUCAACGCUGGGUAACUUGGGUAAGCAUUCUGUGGAACUGGGGGACCUGCUGAUCAAGAGCAGAGCACCUGAUCGUCUGUUGGAAGUGGCCUGUCACGAUUGCCAUCCAGAUGUGCAAAAGGCAGCACUUAUUGCCCUUCGCUCUAUUGGCCAGCAGCCCAAGAUUAAUCAGAUACUGGUGUCACUCAAAGCAACUGAAAAGCUGGAAGCACUUUCCUGUAAAGACUCUCAGAUUACUACCUAUAGCAGCCUCAGGCCCUCCUCAACAAAACACUGCAAGAAAUUGAUCCACCUUCUGCAGCCUGCCUACACUGCCUGAGAAGAGGCAUGCAUGCUUGGACUUCAUUCUUCCCAAAACCUCAGUCUUGGAGAACCAUGGAGUGGAAAAUGCUACUGCAUCUACUUUAUGGGGCUAACUUUGUGUACUGAAUGUGAGGGUGCUAGUUUUUCUAAGGAAAGUUAUCAGAUUUCUCUGUGUUUUUAUAGCCUCUGAGCAGAGAAUGUGCUCCAUUCACCUGUUCAGUGAGAUGCCUUAUCCAGCCGACUGCACCAGUUGUUAAGCAAGGACAACGCACUACCUUUUUUUUGCAUAGAACAUCGUAUUUUUACACACAUAGUACACUAGCUAUCAAGUGCCUUGGAACAUUGUUUCUUCAGGCAUGGGUCUUCAGAGACUGUAAUCUUUUCCCCUAGAAAAUGGAGAGUGAUGAGCAACCAUCUAAGCUCAAAAGAAAAAAAGAGAAGGCAACGGCAAUAUGGGUAGAAGUUAGAGGAUUCUUUUUAAACCAGAUAGGAACAGCCUCCCUCUGCAUUCACUGACGAGCUUUAAUACAUUAUAUUCAUUCUUUGUACACUGAGGGUAUCUAUUUCUUAUUUUAUUGGCAGAAAUCCAGUAAUAAGUUGCAACUAGAGUAGGUCCGGUGAAUUAAUGGGAAUUCUGUGACUCAACUCUUCUGUACAUGUCAUUGAUACAGUGGGCUUACUAAGGCCUCACUGCUGGAUUUCAGUCAUUGACAACUUUGCUAGGAUUUAAUAUUAUGCCUUCAUAUUAAAACCAAAUUUUUCUUAUGACAUGUUCUUGCCUGUGUACCACAGAGGAAGAUGAUGAAGAUAUUUCAUUUUUCUAGAUAUAAAAUGUACGGAACCUUUCUACGUGACCUAUUUAGCUUUAAGGGUUUAUUAUAAAAUUGACUGUGUGUUACUAGUGGUGCCUCGACGAACUCCGGUCGUAACUCAAAGCGCCAUUU